UUCUUUUUUCAUUACAUGUAUUAUGUUUAUACUCUUAGGGCUUCAUUGAGUUGUAGUGUUUUAUUUUUUUUUUGUUACUGUUUUAUAGAUCAUGCAUGAGUAGUUUUUCUGUUUGGGGCCAUUGAUUUUCUAGUGUGUGUUUAUAGUGAUUGAUUUUUUAAAGUUGAUUUUUUGUGUGUGUGGAAUUUGUGUGGAAUUGAUCAUCUAUUACGAUCUUUAUGCUUCUUCUUCUUCUUCUUCUUUUCUUGUGUGUGGUUAUGUUAAGUAAAAUUUGAACUUACAUAGAUCAUAUUAGUUAAUCAACUGGUACUCGGAUCCCUUGGUCCCAAUUACGUGGUACAAUUGGAAUUUCGAGAUUCAAACUUCUAAAUUUUGUUGUUGUUGCUGUAAACUUCUAUUCUAAACUCUGAUGGUGAAUUUGGACAUAGAAAUUUUCAAGUUUUUUGAAAUAAAAUUUUAUCUUUGAAAAUUAUGUAAAAAGUAACAUAAAUCACAAUAAUUAACAACUUAAUAUAUUUAAAAGGCAUAUAAUAGGGAUUCUAAUUAAAGAAAAGCUUGAUUGACUCUCAAAAUUUCAACUAUGCCACAUAAAGGGACAGAGGAGCACCAUAUAAACUUUUUGGUUGAUCAUAUUCAGGUGAUCAACAUAGGUAGGUUUAAUUCACUAUUAAGAUAGUUUUGGCAAUGGGUGUUGGAAUUUAUCUCCCAGUUGAAGGAUUCAUCUUCAAUACGUAUGGUUGUAAGAGAUAGGUGUAUUUGGCUUAAUAAACACCACUUGGUUUGCAUGUUCUUCAUGAAUUCGAGAAGCACUGCUGCAGCCACUCUUUCCUGUAAAGCGGGAAACGAGAACAACUCUCUUUUCUAUAUGCUCGUCUGCCUUUUCCCCCAAUUUUUUGGAACACUUGUUGCAGUUGAGAAUUUCCUUCUUUUCAAGGCUAUCGUGAGGAAGGGACCUUCAAGUUAGUUCUCUGGUAGCCGUGCAGAAGCUGGGGUUGAUCUACUAUACUCCCUCCCUCCUUGUGUUACUCUUACCUUGUGUUAAUGGUUUUUGCUAAAAUUUCACAACCAACGGGGAAUCGUUUCCACAACCACGUGUUGCUCCCAUUGCAACCACCCAAAGUCAUAUCACUGGAUGAUGUUGAUUUGGAUUUCUCUGACAUAUUUGGUCCUGCUCCACAUCAAGCUUUGAGCUCUGAGAAUGUUGCAAUGUCAGAAACAAAUGGAUUCAUAUAUGAAGAACCAGCUGUAAUUUAUAGCCGCUCUCAUUCCUUUGUUGGUCCGACAAACUAUGUCAGUCGAUCGUUGAAACUUGGCAAACUCACACUCCGUGAGAAUGAGAAAUUGUUGGAACUUGUGGAGGGAGAUAGUGGAGAGACCAAAGAUCAUCUUGAGGAAGCUACUUUGAAUAUUGCUGUUACUGAUAAAAGUGAUGUUCAUGCUAUUGUUACUACCCCAAGGUCUGUAGAACUAGAUGAUUUCAAAGUCUUAAAGGUUGUUGGCCAAGGUGCAUUUGGAAAAGUAUAUCAGGUGAGGAAGAUUGGGACUUCUGAAAUUCUUGCCAUGAAGGUUAUGCGGAAGGAUAAGAUUUUGGAGAAAGAUCAUGCUGAGUACAUGAAAACAGAGAGGGAUGUCUUGACAAAAAUAAAUCAUCCAUUUGUUGUUCAGCUCAGAUACUCUUUCCAGACUAAAUACAGACUAUACCUUGUGCUUGACUUUGUUAACGGGGGACACCUUUUUUUUCAACUCCAUAGGCAAGGCCUAUUCAGGGAGGAUUUGGCACGCAUCUACACUGCUGAGAUUGUUUCUGCUGUUUCUCACCUCCAUUCUAAUGGCAUAAUGCACAGGGAUCUUAAACCAGAAAAUAUCCUUUUGGAUGCCGAUGGGCAUGUAGUGCUGACUGAUUUUGGUCUUGCUAAGCAAUUCGAUGAGAACACGAGAUCCAACUCUUUGUGCGGAACUAUUGAAUAUAUGGCACCUGAAAUUGUUCUUGGAAAAGGUCAUGAUAAGGCUGCAGACUGGUGGAGCGUGGGAGUUCUAUUGUAUGAGAUGCUGACGGGAAAGCCUCCAUUUGUUGGUGGGAACCGACAAAAAGUUCAACAGAAGAUCAUAAGGGACAAGAUUAAGCUGCCAGCAUUUUUGUCUAGUGAUGCACAUUCAUUGUUGAAAGGGCUGCUACACAAGGAGGCAAGAAAGCGCCUUGGCUGUGGAUCAAGAGGUAGUGAUGAGAUAAGAAGUCACAAAUGGUUCAGGUCUAUCAAUUGGAAGAAGUUAGAUGCUCGAGAAAUUCAACCAAGUUUCUGUCCCCAAGUUUCAGGGAAGCUGUGUAUUGCCAAUUUUGAGGAGCAAUGGACCAGCAUGCCUUUACUAGAUUCUCCUGCUGCUAGUCCAAAAUUUGGCGAGAACCCCUUUAAGGAUUUCAGUUAUGUGAGACCAGCAGUUUGCAUGCCUGCAGAAUAAUUAAUCAUCACACUUGCUCUCUCUCUCUCGUAACCCUGCUAUGAUGUACGAGGCGUAGGAGCUUUUUCUAACUCCCUUGCUAUUUACUUCUUGAGUCACUAUAGUUCAUCCUAGGCUAUAAGGAUGUUCUAUGAUGUUGUUCUCUACUGACGGUGAAUAUGUAACUAUGAUCAUCACACUUGCUCUC